AGGGAAACGUGUUAAAUCUCUACGUUUUAUGCAAGUCCCAAGUUACUGGGGCAGAAAUCAAGCAAAUUAAGUCAACUCUUCACAUUUUCGUAAAUUGAACUGCAAACAGUGUAUUAUGGAAGCUGCUAAAGAGACUUGAUGAAGAUACAAAAGACAAAGAAAUAUAGUGAGAACUAUUAGCGAUUUGUCAAAAGUUUUAAACUAUAAGUAUACUGUAAACUACCCUUUAAUAUCGUUUCAAACUCAUAUACAGCAUUACCUUAAAAGUACGGAUUUGAUUUGGAAAAUAAUGCCCUGUGGUUGGCAUGUAAAUGUCAUGCAGCAAAGUCUCUCUGUAACUUUCUCUAACAACUCGGCUGAACUUAGCUCCUCAAUCGACAUACUAUGUUAGCCUCAGAGUUAAGCUGUGUCACUGAAAUAUCACUGAAAUUGUGUCCUAUACGUAUAAUACGAUACUUACUUGACACACUACUAGCCAGAGUGUUGCGCCAUCUUGUGGAGGAUGAAUUCCCCAGAAAUAUUCAUGAAGAGUCCUUUGGUGCCUUUGUAGCAUCCAAGCAGGAAACAAGUCCAGAUCCGAGGGGGAGUCCAUCCUGGAGCUGCUGUGGUCGCACCUUUGCUGAGCAUGCUGCCAUUCACCAGCAUGUCGCCAGAAUGCAUGCUGGUGAAAUCCAACGGAUGGCAAUGGCCCAGUAUGAGCACACGCUUAACCAAAAGCAAGAGGAAAAAGACGAUGCCAAACUGCGUGAUGAAAGUUUGUCCGUGGACGUCACUGCGUGGAUGCCAGAUGUUAGUCACAUCCCAAAGGAGCAGUUUGAGAAAGGUCCUGGCAAAGUUCUCCUUUACUAUCGUUACUGCCGCGUCGAGAAGCCACACGUUGUCUGCGCUUGGCAGAGAGCUUUAUGCCAGCGCCUCCAUUUAACUGGCAAGGUGAGGGUGGCCACAGAGGGCAUCAACGGAACAGUAGGGGGCACCCGGAUCGCCACUGAGCUCUACGUGGACGCAUUGUGCUCACAUCCUCUUUUCCACAUGGAAAAAGAGGAUUUUAAGACAAGCGAUGGCGGUCCUGAGUGUUUCACGGACCUGAAGGUGGGGGUCUUUAAGGAAAUUGUCCCGAUGGGAUUAGACCCUGACGUCAUCUCCUACCAUUUGGCAGGAAAUCAUCUGGAGCCUGAGGAGUUUCACAAAGAGGUGGAGGCCUUCAUGACUGAAGGGAAUGUGCAGAGUGACACUAUUCUACUGGACUGCCGCAACUUCUAUGAAAGUAAAAUUGGUCAGUUCUUGCACUGUCUGGCCCCUGACAUCCGCAAGUUUAGCUACUUCCCGGACUACGUGGACCAGAACCUGGAACUCUUUAGAGACAAAAAGGUGCUCAUGUACUGCACUGGAGGCAUCCGCUGUGAGCGAGGCUCCGCUUACCUCCGCUCUAAAAACGUGUGCAAAGAAGUUUAUCAGCUGAAAGGUGGAAUCCACAAAUACCUUGAACGCUUCCCAGAAGGCUUUUACCGCGGGAAGCUCUUUGUUUUCGACGAACGCUACGCCAUUUCUUCCAACAAUGAUGUCAUCGCUGGUUGCAGCUACUGUGGACGACCCUGGGAUCGCUACCAGCUGUGCACCACGCCCUUCUGCUGCCAGCUGGUGCUUUCCUGUCCCAUUUGCCGCUCGGAAGGGCACACUGCCUGCUGCCCCGGCUGCCUCAGCGGCGGCGCACGGCGCAAAGAGGAAUGCGAGUGCACCGACGGACGUCCCAGGAUCCCUCAAGAUGUGAAUAAUGAUGACAGCCCGCUUCAUUAGGUACAUUUGGUAGAAGAAUACAUUAGGCGAUUGGUUUUUGUUGCUCUUGCACAGCAAAUGAGGCAACCAAAAUAUUUGGAACAAGUCUUGGUGUGACAGUACAUUUCAAACCACAAUAACAAACGUAUUGCUUCAAGGGUGAGUGCAAAUAGUUUGUUACUGUAUUUCAGUAUUUUUUGGAUAUCUGUACUUGAGUUGUGUGAGGACAUAUUUCAUUUAAAUUUUUUGCUUUUACAUCCUACAUUAAAAAACAGAUACGUAUCUGAACUUGUAUCUACCUCUAUCAAAAUAGUCUUACAAUAGUUACAAUACAAAAUUGCCUCCCCUUUUAUUGGGCAUUUGUACCGAAUGAAGUGGCUUGUCGUUUUUGAAGGUUCAUUCUGUCUUCAUUAAGUUUACUAUUUUAAACAGUUCGUUUAGUCAGACAGGAAAGAUUUUACCUACUUUACAUGUUUUGCCUACUUCCUGUAGCCGUUCUCAGAAGCGUCACAAGAUGGAAAAAUACAAAACUGGCUUGUGAGCUUGAAAAGGGCUUUUAGUUGUACAUGUAUGUUCCCUUUAUUAUUUUAUUUGCUAUUUUAUUAUAUAUGUUAUCCCUCUAAUUUACCAAUAAAUGAUUAACUUUG